AUGUCGGCGGACAGUCGCAACUCGCAACCACGCCCACACGCCGAUAACAGACCGUCUAAACAGUCGCUUGUGUCGUCUGGGAAGAGGUCUUAUUCAAACUAUCUGAGUGAUAUCGACCGGAAGUUCAAACAGCUCACCGACGACGUCCUGCCCACCCACCCAUAUAUCCUGUCCGUACCCACUGAUACGCCCUACCGACUCGGAUCGCGCUUCGUGAGCAACUGGGCAGUUGGGGAGAACACGCUAUUCUCUCCAGAGGAAGAGCAGCUGCAAUAUAUGACCUUCCUCCCACACCAGGGAGACGACACGCUGCUCGUCUCGGUUGGAGGCUGGUCGGAUGACAGAGGGAAUAUAGUCCAAGGAGAGGACCAGAGACCCUCGGGCUCCGCCAAAAUGGCGGCACCGCUGACUGGCUCGCAGCAGGAUGCGCUGGCCAGGACGAAGAAAAAGAUCACCCUGAGCGAUUAUAAGAAGAAGGCGCUGGAGACUCCUCCCCCACCGCCAGGCGCGGCGGAACCGACCACGAACGGGGCCAAUGGAACAAACGGGAACGGAAUGGGCACUUUAGGGAGCGCAGACUCCGGGAAAUCACUGCGCAGACCGCAGUCGAACAACCGCAAACCAGAGGCCAAACACCAUGCGUCGCAUGCCGUUUCAUCAUCAUCCUCCUCCGCGGUCCUUGAAAAUCGACCUAGCAGCAACAGUGAUACCAAACAGAACGGACUAGGCAGCCCUUCGUUGCAGCAGCCUGCUGCCAUGGGCCGACUUGAUAAGAAUACCAAGCUAUCACCAUCCAAGCCAACCCAGCAUACGGAAUCUCCGCCUCGCAAGAAACUACGACUCUCCGCACAGCCGGAAGAGAAAGAGAAAACUCCCACCAAGAAGUCAGGAAAGGUCCACCAGAUGGUGCCUGAACUGCUUUCCCCAACUCUCCCAUUCGAUAAUGAAAACAUCAGCGUCUCCCUUCCUCCUCUACUAUCUCCCACCCUGCCGCCAGACAUCGAAGAAGAGCUGGCGAAACUCCCCGACGAUGUAUUAGACAAGAGCUCGCGCUCCCACUCUAGUUCCAUCUCCAGCACUUCUAAUAAACCUAUUUCAAGCAAACCCAAGCCAACUUCAAACUCCUCAUCCUCAAAAUCAAAUUUGCUUCAAACUUCAUCAUCAGCCAUAGACAAAGACAAACAGCUACAACAACUUCCACAUGCUAGCGAGAAGAAGCCGGCGGCUAUAUCUUCUGCCAACCUUCCGCCCAAGCCACCUACAGUAUCAACGUCUUCUCCAGCACCUGCAUCGAAAACAACAGCUUCUCAGUCGUCCCGGGUCGCAACCACAGCUCCCAAACAGAAAUUAAUUGUCAAGUUAAAAUACGGCCGACAGAACAGGAAACGAAUUGAGGCGCUCUUGAAAAUAUCGUCCAAGCGCAGGCCAACCCCAGUACAUGGUGCUGGGAAACCAAAAGGCUUGCCAGACUCUAUCGUCAUAUCCAGGAGUUCUCCGUCAAACUCUUCACCCCAGCCCACCAAUACCACCAUGGGAAAGCAGCGCGAACCCAGCUCAGGGCAAAAGCGGCCCAAGGCUAUGGAUAGCGACGAUAUACAAGAGCCUGCAUUGAAACGGCCCCGGAGUUCUACCUCGCUGGCACCACCCCCUGAACAGGCUCUUACACCUAGUGUGCACACUCCCAGACCAACUUCAGCGGCCAAGCACCCACCUAGAUCGACACAGGAGCAAUUCCUUACUCCCAAAAAGGAAGUUAGAGGAAUUGAAAUGCGCCGUGUAGGCUCUGGUGACAGUGAUAUGAGGACCCCAAACUGCAGCAUUACAAGUACCAAAAUGACACAAUCCCUAUCUGGAGAAAGCCUUCCGUCCUCCAAUGCUCAAACCUCUGAGCGUCGUGGCUGGCGCGACGAAUACCAGAGAUUCGUGAACUUGGGUCGCGACCUGAAGCACGCCUCCCAGCGCAACUCAACUCAUAAAUACAGCACCAGCCACGACAUACAAGAUGACAAACUCAGUGCCACAAUCGCAGUCGAGGCCCUUCUCUGCUUCAUCCUGGCCUUCAUUUCCGAACAACGCUUCCAAUCUCUUAGCCGCCAGGUUGGUAACUCCACUGGCUGGCGCUCAAUAAUCGCUUACUGGCAAGCUGUUCUUAACCGAACAACUUCCUACCCGCACCUCCACGGCCUCUGUCUCCUCCUAGGCGCAGUAUGCCAUGAAUCUAUCCACUCUCUCGACCUAGAACGACUAGCUACCACCCCCUUCCCAGACGAACAUAGUCCUGCCCCAACCCCAGGCAGCGACGGCAAUACCGUGACCAGCGAAGAGAGCAAGAAACAACGCCGCGAGUUUACUGAGCUGAAAACCCGGCUUCCGGAAUCGUACAAGGUUGCACAUCGGUUAUGGCUUGAAGGCUGUCGCGAACUCCCUGAUUCCAUUCUCGCGCGGAAUUAUCCGAACACCUGGUCCAGACGGUCAAAUAAUGCCGCGGAACGAGGCAGAGAGCAGCUUAAAUUGGGUGAAUAUGCAGGCGAAUACUACCUUCCCUUGGGCACUGCGACAACUCCCCUGGAGGCAGUGCGAUUUGGAUGGGAUUUCUUGAAUGAAUGGAGUGAGAGAGAAGGUGUCAAAUGGAAAGGUAGGUUAGGACUAUAA